AAAGAGGUCGGCAGUAGCAGUGGGUCACUUCCGGCAGAGUGUGGCGGAAGAGGAGCUUUCCGGAUGGAGGUGGAAUAGCAGCCAGCGCUGGGAGUAGAGGCCGCCAGGCUGUGAUGUGUUGACACGGAUCCCCCAUCGUGUUUCGGCAUGCAGUGUGGGGAUGCCUCGCUGGACGGUGCACCUAGAGGGGGGUCCAAGACGGGUGAAUCAUGCUGCAGUAGCUGUGGGGCAUCGAGUGUUCUCUUUCGGUGGUUAUUGCUCAGGAGAAGACUACGAGACAUUGAGGAAAAUCGAUGUGCAUGUGUUCAAUGCUGUGUCGCUCCGUUGGCGAAAGCUCCAUCCAGCGAGCUGUUCUCUCUCCAUGGUUCCCUAUAUGAGGUAUGGACACACAGCGGUACUCAUCGAUGAUGUCAUCUACAUCUGGGGUGGACGUAACGAUACUGAUGGGGCCUGUAACAAGCUGUACACCUUCCACACAGGUACUGAGCAGUGGGCAACUCCUCUUGUGAGUGGUCAGAUUCCGGGUGCUCGGGACGGUCACUCGGCCUGUGUUUUGGAGAGGACCAUGUACAUAUUUGGUGGUUACGAGCAGCAGGUUAGACCAGUGCACUAUGUUUUAUUUUGUGCUAUGAAACGUCUUUAUAUUCACCAUAAGCCCAUCAUUUACAGUUUUGACAUAUUGACCAGCAACCCUAAUAAGUGCACAGUGUCCACUCACAUGGCUCGCGAGCUUCAGGCAAAGUGCCUCACUGCGCUCGGCACAGAAUUGGGGCGUUGGCAGCGUGUUGAUGUCCAAGGAAAAGGACCCUGUGCCCGUCGCAGGCAGUGUUGCUGCAUUGUGGGUGACAAAAUCUUGCUUUUUGGAGGCACCAGCCCUUCUCAGGACCAGGAUCUCCAAGAUGAAUUUUAUCUAAUGGAUCAUUCAGACCUGUAUAUCCUGGACUUCAGUCCUAGUUUAAAGACUCUGUGCAAAUUGGCCGUUUUACAUUAUCAUCUGGACCAGUCUUGUCUGCCCCAUGACAUCAGGUGGGAGCUCUCCGCAAUGACCACAAAUAGCAACAUAAGCCGUCCCCUGCUGUCAUCACACGGAUAGGAGAACAAGGUGUGACGCUAUGCAGUGGUUACCACACCCAGUGUUACUGUGCACUCACAGGCCGUCACAAGACUGUAUCCCAGCCCCUCCCGAUUUUCUAUGUUUAACACGGAUCUAACACACACGCGCGCUCCCGCACCAGCUGCCUUUUUACGUCUGCACUUUUUAUUUACCCCCUUUAUGCGUCUCUAGAGACUUGUUUUAUAAUUGUUCUUCUCCUUAUCACAUGGGGGCUAAAGUUAUAUAAUUUCAAUAAAAAAUUCCCUUGGAAUGUG